AUGAAGUUAUCUGUACAACCCAUCAUCUACGUUUUCCUUGGUUCGGUCAUUUCUGCGGUCCAUGCCGUACCCGUCGUCGUUCAUACGCCCGGUGCUACAACCCCCGGACCGCAUUUGGAGACCCGAGCAUCAUCGAAGGACAUAAUCAACAUUGCCUUCCACAAUCCCUCUGCCCAACGCGGAACCGGCACCCCAGUCAGCAAAAUCAAAACUGAGAUAAAAACAAUCCUCACAAAAUGGCGAGAAUCAGACCACGUGUCGAAAAAACCAAAAGACGCGAAAAAUUUCGACUUGGAGUAUGAUAACCGAUACGAUGAUAACAUACAUUUGAAUCUGCAUGAGUUUUCAUUUUGGGGGAAGGGGGUGGGGGAGGGGUGUAAAGAGGAGGAGGAUGGGUGUUAUGUUCAGUAUGAACAGGAUGAGUAUAGUGAGUUGGGGGCUGAGGUUCAGAGGCAUCCGGAUGCGGCGAUGGGGUAUGUGUAUAGGGGUCAAACUGUGUUGCUUGAGCUGGGUUAUAAGCUCCGUGGAUGA